GUGAGAGUGAGCGAGGCUAGGCUUCUGGUCACCAACAGCUGUCCUCUUCUAACCUCUACCCUUCCCCUUCCUUUACCCUUCCUUUCGUUACAGUCCACAUCCCUUUCCCACCACACCCGAUCCCUUCCUUUUUCCCCCAUCCAUCCAUCAUCACCGCCCCCUUGGGCGUUCCAACUUCCUGCGCUCACUCUUCCCAACAACAUCCCCUUUCAUUGUUUCUUUCUUUCUUUCUUUCACCAAUCACUCCGCGCAGCUUCCUGGCCUUAUUUGAGCGACAACUUGACACCCGCGGAGCGCAAAUUCAAAUCAUAAUAACAUGUCCGCCGCUGCCGAGAAUGCCGGAGGUGAUAAAGCUCACUACAAAUCUUACAAGAAGAAGUAUAAAAAGCUUCGCUUUAAGUUCGACCAGGUCAUGAAACGCUCGGAUGAGCUCUUUAAGCAGGAUCAAAUCGCGUCCGCUGCAAUUAGGCGUAUACAAGAAGAGAAUACGCGUCUUCUGGAUCUUCUGGUUGACUUGAAUUCGUCCUCACAUGUUCCCAAAUCUCGUCGCUUUAACAUCGGAUCCCCCUCCGGUGCUACUCCGACCCGUUUUCUUUCGCCUACGCUACUUGCUGCUAUGGGAGAAUUGGAUGAAGAGAUUGCAGGCCUGGCUGGUGACAAUGAUGUGGAACCGAUGCAGCUGGAGCCAGGCCCUGUUAACGGUAACGAUGCAGAGGCCGGAGAUCAAGAUGACAACAGCACUGAUGACGAUGAUGAUGAUGAUGAGGACGACGAAACUCCGCCAAUACAGCGCCACGGUGCGAAAUACAGCGAUGAUGAGGAUGAGGAUAUGGACGAUGAUGACCGGGAAGCUUAUCUCGAGGAGAUACGUGAAACGAACCACAGGCGCGGAAUCCCCGGGACACCGCCGAGAUACAUUCGGGACAAGCUUAAGGCUGAUGCAGAGAGAGAGAGAAAGGAGGCUGAGGAACAAGCUAAGAAGGCCGCUGCUGAGGUUGCUGCGAAUGGCGUCAAUGGUUCUGCACCUCUCGUGCUCAAGCAGGAGCCCGUCGACGAGAUGCCUGAAGGUGUUCAGGAACCCGCCCCUCAUACUCCUAAUAAUCGCAAUCUUUUGGUGUUAGAGAAUACUUAUCGUCGUGGCACUACCCCGCCUUACUUGCGCAAUACCAGUCCCUUCUUGAUGUCUGUUGAGGAGGAGGACGCCUUCUAUGCCAAUGUCGACGAGAAUCUCAAUGGGGAGAUACCCACUUUGCCGGAAAUUGUCCACACCUCUCCUAAUGCUAGCAAGGGGGAAGGAGACCCACGAAACCCCAUGAGCGUCUACUGCUGGUUAAGGAAAUAUCAGCCACAAGUCUUCCUGCAGGAAACCGAAGGUGAGAGGAAGCCCGGCAGGGGUAGGGGCGGCGGCAGACGCAGGGCCGCUGUUGAUGCUGAUUCCGGGGAUGAAAUGCCCUCCGGUGCUAAAGCUGCUGGGAGUAAACGCAGACGUGGUGAGGAUGGUGAAGAGGCCCCAAAUAGAGGUGGACGAGGUCCCCGCGGGGGCAGAGGAGGCAGGAGAAAGCCUAAUGAAGGUGGAGAACCACCGGUGAAAAAGCAGAGGAGUGUUGUCUGAUAGCUAGGAAGCGAAUUGGAUCUUCGUUUCGAGUUCGAAGAGCGUUAGAGUUUCUACAAAAAAAGGAGAAAGAAAGCAUGGGAGGUAGUGCUUUUGGCCUGAGGGAAAGUUUAGAAGGAAUGGGAUGGGUCCAUUUGCUACACCCCGACCUAGAAGGCAUCACAUUUUCUUUAGCCUUUUCACUCCUCGCACCUCUGCGAUUGGGUCAGAGUCUGUUGAAGGUCCAUGUAUUUCAGUCCAUUUCCCCCUUUCUACACUGCCUCCGCUCGAGUCUCUUGUCUCCCACUUCUUACAUACUCGUGAGGAAUCUCCUUUUUUUCUUUUUCUUUUUCACCUUUAGGCUGGAGUUUUAUGGAAAUAUCGUGCGUGUAAAUCAGCUUAUUCGUUCUUUUGUGUGUUGUUUCUUGGUACUUCAUCUUGUCAUAUCAGUCAGGGGUUGACCGUUUCUUUCUUUUUUCCCCUCCACACACAAAAAAACAAUGUUUGGGCGUUUAUUCUUCGUUCUUGUCUUCUUUACAAUAAUAAUUCCGAGAGCGGGGAGUAGGAUGCGGAGAAGGUGGGGGGGUUUCCUUGGGUUGAAAUGUAUGAUACAGGUAGUGGGGUCUAUGUUUCGGUUUCUUUCUGUAGCUGUAGGAGCAGGUGGAGGGGGUGGAGGGAAUGAUGGAUGGAAUAACUUAGACAUUGAUGUAGGUUUAGCAUAUGGUAUCGUAAAUUUUGCUAUUAA